AUGUUUGGAUCAGGGAUCUUGCUAAUCAUUUUUGGGAUUGUCCACACAGAGGCCAAAAUUGUACAUGUGGACGUUAGCCUGAGAGGAUGCACAGACUCAGACGGAGAGCACACAUAUGGCCUGGAUGGGGACGAGAUGGGUCAUGCAGACUGGGAGGCUCAAAAGAUCGUGAUGACCCUCCCUAAAUUCGCAGAACCAUUUGGGUAUGAAGACGGUGAAUAUGAGUUUGCAGUUCAACAACAGGAAAUCUGUAAAGAGAACUUGAAGACUGUCAUACGGUCCUACAAAAACCCAGUGGUGACACAAGCCUGCCCUGUGACCUCCAUCUACCCCAGAGAUGAUGUGAUGCUGGGCACUGAAAACACCCUCAUCUGCUACGUAGCUGAUUUCUACCCUCCACGGCUCACUUUAAGAUGGACCAAGAACAACAACAAUGUCGCCCUAGGGGUGAUGAACUCUCGCAUCCGUGUGAAUGUGAAUGACUUUGCAUUCAACAUGUUCUCCACCCUCAAGUUCACUCCUGAGGAGGGGGACAUCUACACCUGCACGGUGGAGCACUCCGCACUGGAGAUGCCAUUGACUAGGAUUUUCGAGUUUGAGGUUCCUCCAGAGGCCAGUGUUCGUCCGUCAGUGUUCUGUGGAGUGGGUCUGACCCUGGGACUGCUGGGAGUGGCUACUGGAACAUUCUUCCUCGUCAAGGGAAACCAGUGCAACUGACAGU